UACAAUGAACACAUGCAUUGACAUGUUUGUAUAUAAGGAGAAUCCGAAUGAAGUUUUUGGCAUAUUUCAUAGGCAAUAAAAAUAUCAAGUUGUGAAACUUGUGACCUUUAACAUAUUUGGGGUGUAAGAACAUUUGCCCUUUAUGAAAGGAUGACUGUAUAGUAAUAAAGUCACAUAUAUGCUGAAAUUUGACACCGAACGCAGUAUCAAAGGCUAAAACGUCAAGUAAUUUACCAAAACUGGCAAAUAUUUUAAGGAUGAUCCUGAUAGCACUUCGUGAAGAGGUGUGAGGAAUUCCUGCAGUCUACAUCAAGACACGUGUUUGUGUGGAAAGUGACAGUUUAUUGUCGGAGGUGUGGUUUCACUGUUGUAACAAAGGCAACAGGUUUACGCAAUGUUGACACCUGUACAAACCUUAUCUCGAAGAGGAACCGAUACCUGAACAUAUUACUGAUUACCCGUGAUGGAAUUAUCAAAACACAAUAAGAUGAUGUAUGCGCUCGCAGCCCUGUCCCUCCUUGCGUUACCUGUGCAAGCUGCGGACGUGUUUUCCACUUGCGCCUACGACAGUGACUGUCCGGCCAGGUCCAAGUGUCUCCCCAAUGGCUGCCGCGGAAUGAACUGCCUGUGUGAUCAGGACUACAUCGCCUCCAUGGACCUGACCAAGUGUUUGAUUGCCGGCAACAUAACGGACCCGUGCAACCGUAAUGUCAAGUGUAUCUCUAUCAUGGCCUUCUGCAGUAGAGGCCGAUGUGACUGUCAGAUGUUCUUCCGGAGAACCAACUACAACACCUGCACCUACCAGGGCCUCAAGGUUCUUGACGAGAAAUGCAGUCGGAGCAGCGAGUGUGCCGACCCGUCCGCCGAGUGCAAGAACGCCAUCUGUGUUUGUGGACAAGGCUUCCGUAAGAGGACGACCAAGGAGUUUUGGUCUGACCCGGAUGCAAUCAAUGAAUGUGUCGAAGAAGCUACAAAUUUGGAAUAUUGCAACGGGGAGAAAGUAGAGCCAAUAACAACGACAACAACGACGACAACAACUACAACUACCCCAACAACUACCACCACCACCACAACAACAACAACUACAACACCAACUACCACAACAACCACAACUACAACAACGACGCCAACAACUACUACAACUACUACGACAACGCCAACAACAACUACGACAACUACAACUACCCCAACAACUACCACCACCACCACAACAACUACAACACCAACUACCACAACAACCACAACUACAACAACGACGCCAACGACUACGACAACGCCAACAACAACUACGACAACUACAACUACCCCAACAACUACUACCACCACAACAACAACUACAACACCAACUACCACAACAACUACCCCAACAACUACUACCACCACAACAACAACUACCACAACAACUACAACAACAACGCCAACGACUACUACAACUACGACGACAACGCCAACAACAACAACUACGACUACUACCACGACAACGCCAACAACAACUACGACAACAACUACAACACCAACAACCACUACAAGUACAACCACAACCACGACAACUCCAACCACUACUACAACUCCUACAACUACAAGUCCUACUACUACCACUACAACGCCAACGACGACAACUACUACUACACCAACAACUACUACCACCACAACAACAACUACCACAACAACUACAACAACAACGCCAACGACUACUACAACUACGACGACAACGCCAACAACAACAACUACGACUACUACCAUGACAACGCCAACAACAACUACGACAACAACUACAACACCAACAACCACUACAAGUACAACCACUACCACGACAACUCCAACAACUACUGCAACUCCUACAACUACAAGUCCUACUACAACCACUACAACGCCAACGACGACAACUACUACUACACCACCGCCAUCAACUACAACUACAACUACUACUACCACUACAACACCAACAACUACAUCUACAACUACAACUACUACCACUACAACACCAACUACUACAACUACGAGCACUACUACCACUACAACGCCUACAACUACAACUACAACUACUACUACAACACUGCCAUCAACUACUACUACUACUACCACUACCACCACUACAACACCAACAACCACUACAACUACUACCACCACUACAACGCCAACAACUACAACUACUACCACUACAACGCCAACAACUACAACUACUACCACUACAACGCCUACAACUACAACUACG